UUUUGUAUAGGUGCUCACUGCUGAUUUACGUCAAAUAAAGAACAAAGCGCGCAGCGGCAAAUUGAGAUGUUACCAUGGUUACCAAUCCAAUCCAAACACAACAGGAUUCGAGCAGCGAGAUAGCUUCAUUCACUGAGGUGCUACAAGGGUCUAAAAUCCCAAAAUUAAUUGAAAUAAUUUGGCCACAUCUGUAACGUGAGAGGUUUUGGUGUGAUGUUGUCAGGUCAUGAUAGGGUCAAAUUUGGCUUUAGGAUGAAUGCAACAGGGUAUGAUAGUUCAUUUAACACAAUAAUUUAUUUCCAGCAAGAUAUCAGCCUUAAUAAUCAGCAUUGUAGUUAAUCCUGCCCCCCCAGGCUCAUUAGAAACUGAGAAAAUGUACAAAGUGGAUUUGCCUGUAGACCAGUCCAUAGAAAGGGCUGUGGAGAGGCGAAGGUCUGCAGAGACGACACGCAAGGCCCGGAUCUUCAACACCCGGCUCCGUGUGAUGGGCCUCGACCUUGAUGCUCUCAACCAACAGGUUCAGGAGAAAAAACAUCAGCAAAACAUGGACAUGCAACGGGACAAAGCUUUCGAUAAGCUGAGAAAGUAUCACGAUGAAGCACUGUUGCAGCAAGACAUUGAUGAAAGAGAGAAGCAAGCAGCUUUGCACAGUGACCUGACCCAGUAUUGGGCCACUCAUCAGCGUGUAGAGGACUCUCGCGAUGCUGAUCUCAAGUGUGGCCUGAAGGGGGCAUUCAGGAUCACCAUUCCAGAGGGUGAGCUGGGGCCUGCCAGUAUGCAAAUCCUUCAGGGAGAGGGUAUCGGAGAGGAGCAAAAGAGUAGAGAACAAAUGAAGAAGAGAGAAAGAGAUCUUCAAGCACAGAUUGAAGAAAAAGAGAGAAGGCACAUGGCAGACAAGCACAGAGAGAUGCUCGUGAGCAAAAGCCUGGUGCAUCAGGACCUUAGGGGGGUUCAACUACAUGCACUAGAGGAGGAGUGUAAGAAAGCUGCCCGCAUCGCACUCGACAACUACAAUCAAGCUCUGUCUACAGAGCGGGCAGAGAAACUGAAGGAUCAGCACAGGAGAGAGGAAAGGGAGAAUCUUGCAGAGCUGCGGCACACUCUGAGAUCCGACAUGAUGACAGAGUGUGGGGAGGCAGCGGAGAGAGAUGUGGGAGGAGGGAGGCCACCCCGGGUUCUGAUAGACAAGUGGAAGGGGAUGAGCCCUGAGCAGCUGAGCGCCAUCCACAGGGAGAGAGAAGAACAGCGUCUUGAGAAACAGAGACGACGUGAUGCUGAGAAGAUUCAGGAUGCCGCUUGGGAACUCCAGCUCCUGAAGCUGUCGAGAGAAGCAGAGGAGGAGGAGAGGAGAGCAGCAGAGCUGAGGAGAGAGAAGAGGCUUCAGACAGACCGUUACAACAUGCAGCUAGCCAGAGAGCAGCAGGCAUAUGAGGAGUACCUGAACAAGAAGCUAUACACCAACAAACCCACCAAGGACUACUUUUAUCAAUUCAACACCAGCUCCCGCUGACAACCACACACCAUACCGAGGCUUGUCCUCCUGUGACAAUGUGCUAACAAAAUAUAUUGAUUAUAUAUUGAUUGUUAUACAUCCACUCAAUGUGAAUUGAAUCCUAAUUAAUCAAUACUUGCUGCUUAUUUUUAAGUGACACAUGCAUUGAUUUUAUUGGCUGAUAUUGAUGACAAAAAAGGGACCCUUUUUUUAAUACAGAUUGUUCCACAUACUUUAUUUUUCAGUCAUAUAUCCAGUUACAGUGGUAGAUUCAUAAUGCAGUUACAGUUAUAUUGGCCCCAUAUGUGGUACAAGUCCACCCAACUCCUGCCGUUCACCCAUGAUACAUAUAGAUACCAUCCCAUUGUGCUAAUUGUGCACCCCACACACCACAGAGGCACAUCUAGACCCCGGCAGUGACACACACUCCCUACCCGUCCUUCUUCUCCUCUUCCCUUCCCUCCCACGCAGGCAUUGUUGUUUAAAAUCUGUUUGCUUGUCUGAGUUCUGAAGAAGCUUCUCUAAACAAACCAAUCCACUUUUUAAUAGGUUUUUAUCUUUUAACUAUAAAAAAAAGUUCAAAAACAACAGUGGAAAAGCAAAGGCCAGUGUCCUCAGCUUUCCCCUCGACACAUGAAAAGCAAAGAGUGAGUGGCAGUCGAGUGAGUAUCUGUGUGUGUACACUCAUUCCUCAUUCAAAGCUAACAUUUGCCCCUGAACACUGACAAACACAGAUGUUUAGCAGCAGAUAGUCAAGUUAGAAUAUUGGCAUAUUUUGUGUCAUUCACCGCUCCUGUAUGAAAAUAGAUUUUUUUAAAAGCUUUAUUUGUCCUGAGUGUGUCUGAAUAAUCAACAACAGGGAGCUUACACACACCUCCUUCAGUGCCACUAGACUUUUUAGACAUCCCGUAUACUUUACCUCAGGGACUGUCAGUGAUGUUUGGCCAGUGUCAAGCUUUUAUUUGAAUAGAGAGUACUGAGGCAGCAACCUUGCAUAUAGGUACUCCCCAUGGUAUGCACAAAGUGGCUUGCUGCAUCCCUUUCUCUAAUAACUGCAUCAGACAAAACCUCCACAGAUAUUCACUGCGCUGCAAUGCAUUGAUAGAUGGUUAUGGGCAUGAAUGCAAUCUUAGCUUUCAUUGUAAUGUAACUACUACUAUCACUAAAUGACACUAAUGUACAAUUUUUUGAUUUUCAAAUUUUGAAAUCUUUGCAAACAUCUACAGAACAAUGUGUUUUUUUUCCCUUUUUUAUUUUUUUUCCCCUCAACUAUGAACUAUUUUUGCUGAAAGAGCCAAAUCUCACUGCAAUCAUUAGUCAAAAACGGAAAGUUUGAAUUCAUAGCAAUAGUACAAAGAAGAAAAAAGACAACUUGGAACAUUUUAAAAUUAAGUUAAGUGGUUUCAAACCUGCACAUUUUUAUAUCAAACAUGGUUGGGUUAAUCAAAACAAUCUUUAAGGGUUGUAUUUACAUUCUGUGGGGGGAAAAAGCUGUCCUUUCAGGUCUUCUCAUAACCACUGUUAUUUCUCCAGUACCUUAGAUUUUCAGUAGCAUGUAAAUACAAUGUCUUACUAGUUCUAAAAAGAAUACAUUCUCUGUGUUUGAUGUAAAUACCAACUGCUUGCCUUUAUUAUACAUCAACUGGCAAUCAUUACACCUGUCUGCAAUAUCAACUUGCAUUGAUGAGGGUCUGAAAAUAAAACUUGAGAGUGAUUGCCCACAA